AAUGAUUUUCCCUCCAAAACUUUCAUCAGCUGUUUCACUUUUCAUCUGUUGAUCUGUUUGUUUGGCCUUUUUAAGCUUUUUUCUUCCAGAGAAUAUCCCAGGAAAUCAUAGAAAACAGUCAAGGAAUGGAAUCUGCUGUCUCAGUAUCAAAGGGAUGUUUUGUUUACAAAAACGGUUCAAUGGGGCCAAAAGGAAACAAAAGGAAGAAAAAGGGUCGAUCCAGUGAGAAUCAGGGCUCAAUUCUACCUCAGAGUAUCCUCACCAGUGGAUGGUUUACCUCCUAUCGAAGAUUUUGGGAGAAAAUCAACUCCCGGAUUGAGGAAAUUCUCGAGCAAAACUACUCAAAUGCAAUGGAAAAUGUCUUGGGGUGCAUUGAGAAGAGUAAAUCAAGCAUCUACAGUACGCUAUUUCCGGUAAUUGUCCUCCAGACGGGGAUCAAUCAACCUGAUCAUUUGAGUAUGUUUGAGCAUCUUGCGGAGGAAAUAUCGCAUCAGGAUCAUCUCUACUCAGUUGUGCUCACCUCAACGGAAGCUACAAAUGUCAAGGGGGCCAUUGAGACACUCGUUGGGGGUUUUAUACGUCAACUCGGGGAUGAAGAUGUUGAAAUCCGGAAGCAGAAUUGUACAAUGCGUAGCCUCUGUGGAGCAUUUGCCGGCCACAGCAACACCAGCACCGUCCUGGCAGUUGUCAUUCCGGAUUUUGAGGUUUUCUGUAAGGAAACUCUUCGUGAACUCGUGACCAUUCUUGCUUCCUAUCGCCCAAGGCUGCCGCUGGUGAUUGUCUUUGGUGUGGCAACAUCCAUUUCAGCACUUGAGCAACUUCUUCCGCUCAAAUUCACCACCAGGGCUAAAUUUCACGUCUUCCAGACGCAAUCUUCUGUGUCUGUUCUCAAUGAGAUCAUUGAGCAGGUGAUUCUGGAGGAGAAGAUUCACCUCUCAGGGCGUGUUCUGCAGUUCCUCGUGGAGAAGUUCCUAUUCUACGACUUCUCCGUGAGUGGAUUUAUUCAGGGUUUGAAGUUUUGUCUUCUUGAACAUUUUUCUCAUCAUGAGGAACUUUCUAUGCUAGCUUUGGGUGCUUCCCCGGCCACAAGUCCUCAAAAUCAUGAAGAUUGUGAGAAUGUAAGACGUCUCAUGUCGGUCAGGAGGUACAUUGAACACUUGGCAGAUAGUCAGGAAGUUAUUUCCCUCCUCACAAAUGAUAAUCACUUGAAAACUAAAAUUGCCAAAUUCUGGAUUCCGGAAAUUGAAGAUUUCUUCCUCUUCUUCCACGCUGCACUGCGCUUCCUGCACGAAUUGGUGCGGGAUCUACCCAAAGCACCCCUUGGAAAGCAACUCAGGGAAGUUUAUUGCUUCUGCAGCGCCAAUUCCAUCGUUGCAAGUGAAGAAUUUGCCGAAUGCAAACAAAUCCUGGGGCUUAUGGCCAGAGAAGCUUUUACGGAGAAAAUCGAUGCAGCAGCAUCGAAAGUUGGGGCUUUUCUUGAGAAGAAACAGAAAAAUCAUUUAAAUAGAGAAUCCCUGCAGAAAAUUCAAAUGGCAAUGAAAAGUCUCCAGGAGGGGGCAAGGAAGACGUCAGGAAAGCCCGUGGAAGAGCAACCAGCCAUUGAUCGUGUUGCAAAUCGCUUUGAACUGAAGAAGAUGCUGCUGGAGAAGGCAAAACAGCAAAAUCGUGCCUCUGGACAGGCUGAAGGGAUUGCUGAAUGCCUCAAGGAGUUGGAGGAGGAAGUUUUAGCGCAGUGGUUGGUACCCUUUGCCCGGGGGCCACCGCUAAUUGAGCUCUUUGUUCACAUGGAUGCCUCAUCGACGCGCCGGCACCUCAUGGGAUCACCGCGAGGGGCUCUCCAUCAAGCUCUGACCAAUCCGCAUCAUUAUCUUCAGUGCGGAUGCUGCGAUGGCAGUUCUCUAAAUUGGCACCUACCGGACCUCACGGUUGCCUAUAGACUGCAUUCGGAGUGUGGUCGCAUGAUUAAUCUGUUCGAUUGGCUUCAGGCAUUCCAGUCGAUUGUGCAGCAGCAGGACGAUGCGGAUGAGGAUGAAUGUGUCAGCCCGCAAGUUCAAGCGAGAUUCACGAGAGCUGUGUGCGAAUUGGAGUUUCUGGGAUUCAUCAAGAGUUCCAAACGGAAGGUGGACCAUGUGGAAAAGCUCACAUGGUAAUGUGUGUGUGUGAGGAAAUAAAAAUCACCCUCCAGGGAAUUAUUUAUUGAAUCUCACAUGCCACUUUACCUGCAUACCCAAUGGAUUGUCCCAAGCAAUCUCGGUUUGGAAUUUUGUCAUUUUAUCCUCACGAGAGGGAAGAUUAAAUGGAAUUUUGCACA